CUGGCCUGCGCGCCCGUGUGUCGAGCCCGCGCUCCACUCUGCUCGUCCUUCCCGGUGACUUUCCCUCCUUGUCCCUGGUCCAUCUUGCCAGAGGUCACAGCAGGCAGAGUGGUGCAGCUACAGCUUGAAGCAGCAGCUGCGGGGUUCGCUGAGACCCCCCGGAAGGCGAUCGGAGCGCGGGGAGAGCCCGAGAGCGGCCGCGCGCCCACCUCUAGGUGCGGGGCUCGGAGCCGCCCAGCCCGCGCGCGCCCUCCUCCCUCCUCCCUCCUCCCUCCGCCCCCGCCGCACCUCCCCCUCCUCCCGCUCUGCCUCGGCUGCUCCGCGGCGCGCCUCGCACUCGGAGAGCCGCAGCGGCAGCGGCGCGUCUCGCAUUCGGAGACAGAGCCGGGCCGCGGGGGACACCGAGCAGUCGCCGCGAGGACGCCAGGGCACGCGCCGCACUCACCCUUCCUCGGCCUCGGCCGCCACUGCUGAGCAGACACCAUGGCCCGCGGAAAAGCCAAGGAGGAAGGCAGCUGGAAGAAAUUCAUCUGGAACUCGGAGAAGAAGGAGUUUUUGGGCAGGACCGGUGGUAGUUGGUUUAAGAUCCUUCUGUUCUACGUGAUAUUUUAUGGCUGCCUGGCUGGCAUCUUCAUUGGGACCAUCCAGGUGAUGCUGUUGACCAUCAGUGAGCUGAAACCCACAUACCAGGACCGCGUGGCCCCGCCAGGAUUGACACAGAUUCCUCAGAUCCAAAAGACUGAAAUUUCCUUCCGUCCUAAUGACCCCAAGAGCUACGAGGCCUAUGUGCUAAACAUCAUUAGGUUCCUGGAAAAGUACAAGGAUUCGGCCCAGAAGGACGACAUGAUUUUCGAGGAUUGUGGCAGUGUUCCCAGCGAACCCAAGGAACGGGGAGACAUCAAUCACGAGCGAGGAGAGCGGAAGGUGUGCAGGUUCAAGCUGGACUGGCUGGGGAACUGCUCCGGUCUCAAUGAUGACUCUUACGGCUACAGAGAGGGCAAGCCCUGCAUCAUUAUCAAACUCAACCGAGUGCUGGGCUUCAAACCUAAGCCUCCCAAGAAUGAGUCCUUGGAGACUUACCCACUGAUGAUGAAGUAUAAUCCAAACGUCCUACCUGUCCACUGCACUGGCAAGCGAGAUGAAGAUAAGGAUAAAGUCGGAAACAUAGAGUACUUUGGAAUGGGCGGAUUCUACGGCUUUCCUCUGCAGUAUUAUCCCUACUACGGCAAACUGCUGCAGCCCAAGUACCUGCAGCCCCUGCUGGCCGUACAGUUCACCAACCUCACCUUGGACACUGAGAUCCGCGUUGAGUGUAAGGCGUAUGGUGAGAACAUUGGGUACAGUGAGAAAGACCGUUUUCAGGGACGCUUUGAUGUAAAAAUUGAAAUUAAGAGCUGAUCACAAGCACAAAUCUUUCCCACUAGCCAUUUAAUAAGUUAAAAAAGAUACACAAACCUACUAGUCUUGAACAAACUGUCAUACGUAUGGGACCUACACUUAAUCUCUAUGCUUCACACUAGCUUCUGCAUUAAUAGGUUAGAAUGUAAAUUUAAAGUGUAGCAAUAGCAACAAAAUAUUUAUUCUACUGUAAAUGACAAAAGAAAAAUAAAAAUUGAGCCUUGGGACGUGCCCAUUUUUACUGUAAAUUAGAUUCCAUAACUGACUUGUAGUGAGCAGGGUUCUGGCCCCUAAGUAUUGCCGCCGUGUCUGUUUUAUUUAGUGUACAGUACUAUAGGUGCACACUCUGGUCAUUUUUCAAGCCAUGUUUUAUCAUAUCUGUUUUCUACUUUACGUGAGCAAGGUUUGCUGUCCAAGGUGUAAAUACUCAAUGGGAAUAAAACUGGCAUGGUACUUUU